GGGCUGCGGGGUCGGAUCGGUCGGUCACACCGGAGCCGCUGCGGUCCGUCGGUGUUUCAGCUGCGGAGCGGCGCACGGAGCCGUGAUGGCAUGUCCCGCCCCGUUACCGGACAACUUUACCGUUACCGUCGGGGAGAGAGAACCGGGAGAUCCAGUCUGAGUCCGAGAUUAUGUCCGGAGCUUGUUGUGCUGCUGCGGAGAAAAGUUUAGCAGGAGUACAGCAGCGGGGCUAAUAUGGCGGAACGCAGCGCUUGUGAUGUCAACAUCCUCAGCAUCCCCGUGCCGAUCCGCCGCGGCGGCUCCGAGUCCAACCUGGACGUGGUGGACAGCGUCGGGGACGACGGCGUGGGACUCGACUUCACCAAGGGAGCGCUGGGCAUCGACAGCCUGCAGCAGAAGAUCCUGAAGGUGACGGAGCAGAUUAAGGUGGAGCAGACGGCUCGGGACCAGAACGUGGCCGAGUACUUGAAGCUGGUGAACAACGCCGACAAGCAGCAGGUGAGCCGGAUCCGGCAGGUCUUCGAGAAGAAGAACCAGAAGUCGGCGCACACCAUCGCGCGGCUGCAGAGGAAGCUGGAGCAGUACCACCGCCGCGUGAAGGACACCGAGACCAACGGGAAGCACGGCGGCAAGGACGGCGGCGGCAAGGAGGCGGGGACUCACAGCAAGGAGGGCAGCCUGCGGGACGUCAGCGCCACCGGGCGCCACCCGGCGCUCGAUAAGGUCAAGACCAUCGGGCCCGGCGUCUCGCUCUCGCCGCCGUUCUUCUUCAACAAGUCGCGGGAGUUCGCCAACCUCAUCAGGAAUAAGUUCGGCAGCGCGGACAACAUCGCCCACCUGAAGAGCUCCAUGGAGGCGGGCUCCGGGCUGCAGGUGGACGCCGGCGCCCGCGGCCUGAGCGGCAGCGCCACCACCGUCGCCAAGACCAGCAAGUACCAGAGCGACGACGAGUGCUCCACGGGGACGUCCGCCUCGGCCGACUCCAACGGGAACCCGGCCGGCGGCUCGGGGGCGGGGUCCGGAGGGCCCGGCAGGUCGGACUCCAACGGGCGGCUGGGGGAGGUGCUGGACAUGGUGCGGGAGAUCCGGGAGGCGCAGUCGCAGCUGGCGGAGGACAUGGAGACGCUCAACACGCAGUUCAAACGGGAUUACAGCUACUUCAGCCAGAUGAUGCAAGAGGAGAGAUACAGGUAUGAGCGGUUGGAGGACCAGUUGAACGACCUGACGGAGCUGCACCAGCACGAGACCAGCAACCUGAAGCAGGAGCUGGCCAGCAUCGAGGAGAAGGUGGCCUACCAGGCCUACGAGAGGGCCAGGGACAUACAGGAGGUUCUGGAGGCGUGCCAGACCCGGGUGUCUAAGCUGGAGCUGCAGCAGCAGCAGCAGCAGCAGACGGUGCAGGUGGAGAACACGGACGCUAAGGUUCUGCUGGGGAAGUGCAUCAACAUCAUGCUCGCCAUCGUCACCGUCAUCCUGGUCUGCGUUUCCACGGCGGCCAAGUUCACCGCCCCCCUGCUGCGCAGCCGGCUGCACCUGGCGCUCACCUGCGUGGGCGUGUCGCUGCUGGCGCUGCUGUGGAAGAACUGGGAACAUUUACAGUGCGCCGUGGAGCGCUUGCUGCUGCCGCACUGAUCCAGGAGCCUCAUGUAGCCUUAGACCUGGUCCACCGGGACCACCUGGUCCACCGGGACCACCUGAUCCCACCAGGACCCGGACUGGAUCUAUACCUGGUCCACCGGGACCACCUGGUCCACCGGGACCACCUGAUCCACUGGAUCUACACCUGAUCCACUGGGACCACCUGGUCCACCGGGACCACCUGGUCCACUGGAUCUACACCUGAUCCACUGGGACCCGGACUGGAUCUAUACCUGAUCCACUGGGACCCGGACUGGAUCUGCACCUGAUCCACUGGGACCCGGACUAGAUCCACACCUGAUCCACUGGGACCCGGACUAGAUCCACACCUGAUCCACUGGAUCUACACCUGAUCCACUGGGACCACCUGGUCCACCGGGACCACCUGAUCCCACCGGGACCACCUGAUCCACUGGAUCUACACCUGAUCCACUGGGACCACCUGGUCCACCGGGACCACCUGAUCCCACCGGGACCACCUGAUCCACUGGAUCUACACCUGAUCCACUGGGACCCGGACUGGAUCUACACCUGAUCCACUGGGACCUGGACUGGAUCUACACCUGAUCCACUGGGACCGAGGGCUCCGCCCGGACUGAUCCCACUGGGACCCGGACUGGAUCUAUACCUGAUCCCACUGGGACCCGGACUGGAUCUAUACCUGAUCCCACUGGGACCCGGACUGGAUCUAUACCUGAUCCCACUGGGACCCGGACUGGAUCUAUACCUGAUCCCACUGGGACCUGGACUGGAUCUACACCUGAUCCACUGGGACCCGAACUGGAUCUACACCUGAUCCACUGGGACCCGGACUGGAUCUAUACCUGACCCAACUGGGACCCGGACUGGAUCUAUACCUGAUCCCACUGGGACCCGGACUGGAUCUACACCUGAUCCACUGGGACCUGGACUGGAUCUACACCUGAUCCACUGGGACCCGGACUGGAUCUAUACCUGAUCCCACUGGGACCGAGGGCUCCGCCCGGACUGAUCCCACUGGGACCCGGACUGGAUCUAUACCUGACCCCACUGGGACCGAGGGCUCCCCCUGACUGGAUCUAUGGCUCUGCAUGUCUAAAAGGGUCCAAAGCCUUUUCCCACAAUGCACCUCCACUGUAAUUCCAACAGGCUGAUGUAAGCUGAUAUAACUGUGACCUCGUGCUGAAGAACGCUGACAUUAAAGUGCAUCACUACAGUCCAAAGGUAAUCAGCUGGAUUACUGGUUUCUGACUCUAAAUAUAGAGGAUUUCAUUGGUGCAUUGAAGUGAUUAUUAGCUGUCCUUUGAAGGGAAGUUAGCUCUGAACAAACACUCUGCUGGCUGAACGUGGCCUAACCUGCACAGUCCUCCUCUCUGAACAAACACUCUGCUGGCUGAACGUGGCCUAGCCUGCACAGUCCCCUCUCUGAACACCAGCCAGCUGAAGUCCACCUGUACUGUUCUCUAUUUAUGUUCCAGUCUCAUUCAAAAAGGACUUUUUAUUUUAUUUUAAAACUGUUCAAACUGUGGGUCUGUUUAUGUACCGUACGCCUGCUCGUGUGUGUGUGUCUGUGUCUGUGUGUGUGUGUGUGUGUGUGUGUGUGUGUGUGUGUGUGUGUGUGUGUGUGUGUGUGUGUACACUGUAUUUCACAUUUUGUGAAAUUAGAGGAAGUGCUUUCUUGGAGAGAGUUUGAUGAAAACUGUCUAAAUCAGAAGUUAAAGGCAGAAGAUGAUGAAACGAGGGGAAGCUAGCCUGAAGCUAGCCUGAAGCUAGCCUGAAGCUAACAGAAUCCACCAAUCCAGCUCCUGUAAAACUCUCUAAUUAACAUGUUUAAUCCGUACAGAAACAGAGUGUAAAUACUAGAGGGUGGGAAUUAGAGGCUGCCUCCUUUCAGGAAUCCUGUGGGAUGGUACAGGAAAAAAGCCUUUUUAAAAUCUAAAGAAAUAUAGACUCCAGCCUUCUCAAAGUGAAUCAAUGUGAUGUUUGUUUUUAUGCCCUUUAGUCAACUGGACACGUGUCACCAUGCUCUAAGUCGUGACAGCCACUAAAGCUACAACAGCUACUGAUAUAAAAGGCUCGCUUAGCAUCCAUCAGUUGGAUUUACUUCAACAAUGUUCACUCAGCAAACACCUUAUUAGGUAUUAAUGAAUAGUAUUAAGCUGCUUCAACAAUGUGUCAACGUGUUUCUGUGCAUUCAGAGAUUCUGCAUACUUGAACCAGUCUGGCCAUCAACAAGGCAUUUUGACCCAGAUAACUGGAUAUUUUCUCUGUAAACCCUUUAGACGGUUGUUACAUCAGCAUCUUCUAAAAUACUCAAACCUUCAAACUCUUAAAUCACCUUUCUUCCCCAUUCUGAUGCUGACUUUGAGCUUCACCAUGUCUACAUGUCUGAAUGCAUUGAGCUUCUGCCGUUUGAUUAGUUGAUUAGAUAUUUGCAUUAACGAGGGACUUCGUUUUAUGGGUUACUCCUAAUUUGAAAUGGUUCAAAUAUGUAAAAUUAGUACAAGUACAGUUCCUUGUGAUAAUGAAAGAAAGUAAAUUCUCUUUUACUUUGGAGAAAAAGUGUUUUUAAGAUGGUAAUGAAUAAUUUAAGAAAUGCCAUUAGCACCGCCACAAACCCUGAUAACCAAUGACCAACCCUAACCCCAGUCAAAUAUUAUUAUUAUAUAUAUUAUUAUAUUAUAAUAUUAUUAAUAUUAAUAUACAAUAGUUUUUAUGGGAAUGGAGUGUAGGACCGUUUCUUGGAAAGAAUCAUGAACUUCCUGCCACAAACCGCUCUGUAAAACCACCAUCUGUUAGUUUCUCUUCAGUGAGAGAGAUAUAUAUAUAUUCUGUAUAUAUAUAUAUAUGACAACAUGUUAAUUAGUGAGCUUUAAAGGUGCUAAAGGCAGAUUAUUUUCCUUUGGACAGAGCCAGGCUAGCAGUUUCCCCCCGUUUCCAGUCUUUGUGCUAAGCUAAGCUAACCAGCUGUAGCUCACAGAGUGGUAGCCUGUAUUUCCCAAAAUGUCAAACUGUUUAUUUUUAAAAGGAAAGCUUUUAAACUGCCUCCUAUCUUGUUGAUUUGAUGCUUUUGGGUUGUUGUUGUUGUUGUUGUUUGUCCUAUGAAAUCUGUUUUCUGUUUUCUGUUUGCGAUGCUUUACUCGGCUCCAAAGACCAGCGAGCAUGUAAACUGUGAGGAAGAUUCUGGAGAAUUAGAGGAAAAGCUCUAAAUGAGAGACUUUUAUUGAACUGCCUUUUCUUUCUUUUUCUUAAUGAGGCUGAACAGAACAAAUGAAGUUUGGUGUUGUGCUGCAUUUAAGUCCUGUGGGAACAACAACAACUAACGUCCUGACGGUUCAAAGUCUGAAAGCAUUCACCUGUCCAAACUUGUUUUUGAAGCCAGGAGAGGCGGUGAAUUAUUACUUCUACAUUUCAAUUCUCCACAAUAAUUCCCUUCAGCGUUUUCACACUUGACAGCUGAGAAGUGAGUCACUGGAGAUGAAACCAGCAGGAAGUUCUCAUCAUAUCUGAAGAUUAUUGUAAUAAGCUGGAUGUUGAUUUUAGUGGAGGCGCUUCAGGUGGACAGUAUAUAUAUAUAUAUAUUAUAUAUAAUAUAUAUUACCAUGAAACUUCCUCAGUUCAUUAUUUACAUUCAUGUUUAGAUAUGCAAAUUAGGUAUUGCCUCAUUAAAUAUGCACUCAUUUGCAUUUAUUUCCAGGACAUAAAUCUGAUCAUUGGAUAAAGCAGAUUUCAAAUUAUUUUAUUUUGUUGAUAUAUUAGAUCAAUGUUUUUUAUUGAAGGGAAUUGUGAUAUCUCAGGGUCUGAAUGAUACAUAGACAACCCUGUCUGUAAAAACCUUCAGCAUGUAGUUUGGAAUGAAACUGGUAAGUUUAGUGUCUGUAAGUAAAGCUGAAGUUGAGAUUUAUGAUAGAAACUCAUUUUGAGAAAAUGGCUUUGAAAGGUUUUUAUUCAUUCUUAAUGGGAAUUACUAUUUUAGGACAAAAUAUUGAAUCUAAUUCACAGCAACAACAAUGUAGAGCAUGUAAAACACAUGUUGUUGUGCAGGAGAGUGGGAGCUUCCUAACGAUGCCUGUGAUGAAGAGGUUUAGGCGACAAAAAAUAUAAAUAUAUAAAAAUAGCCCAAAACCUCAAAACGUACCAGCGCAUGAAAGAACAUUGUUUUUGCCUGUAGUGUCUGUUCUUGCUCUAAAAUUCUGAAAUGUCAGAAACCAGACCCAAAGCAGCAAAUACCACUUGAGUCUGCUGCAAGUGGUGAUCUCAACACUCUAGCGUCGGUUUUCCCCACAUGACCUGAAUGCAGCGCUGCAGAUUGAAGUGAGGAAGUGAACCAUGUAGCUCUGCUCCCUGACCCCUGACCCCUGACCCCUGACCCCGCUCACUGUGAUGAUGAGGGGAUGAACGGGACUCAUGCCUUUUUCAUGCAGAUUAUUUUAUUCUUCUUUAUGUUUGCAUCCCUUCAAAAGCCAAAAAUUGAGAUUUUUAAGGCACAUAAGCCUCUCUAAGUAACACUGAAAUUACAAUCUUUGAUGUGUUUUUAUUUUUUACAAAUUGGCUCUGAAACUAUUUGUCUGCUCCUCUCCAAAGCUGUAACCAUAAUAAUGUAUAUUUCCACAUGUUGUGUCUCCUCUAUGUGCAUUAGUUUCUGGUUAUGGGUUUCCCAUAACGUUUAUUUUUUUUCAGAUGAGAAAAUAAAUCUUUGUUUUACUAAGAUUGCUCCAGAUUUUCUGUUG